AUUUCACUAAAAAAAUCAAGGCUUCAUUUAAUCAUUCUCUUGUUUCUUGUCCAUCCCUAGAGUUUUCCUUAGGUUAAAAUCAAGUAUAAGUCUGCUCAAACAACUUAUUUUCUCUGGAAUCCUCCCUCGCCUUUCCCGCCGACUUUCUUUUACCCGGAGCUUCUGAAGUCACCCUAUAGUAUGUUUAAUGUCGACUUCGGUAAUUUCACCGUACUCUCUUUUCGGGCGAACCCAAGAAAUCCAAUUCAACGCCUGAUCGCCGAUCCUCAGUGAGGGUUGGUUGUGAUGCCAAGGACGGAUGCGAGCCUCAGAUCUGUACUGAUGCGGUCAGUCCUGACCUAAAUUGUGGACUAUGUGGCCUCUAAUCCGCCCACUCCCAUGGCUGAUUCUGGCCUUAUUCCUCAGUUUGCCGAGUCCCGGAAUGUCGGUGGAGAUUUCUACCGACUCGGAACACGCCCACGAAGAGCAUUAUGAGAUAUCGGACGACACGACGUUGCAAUCCGCCUGUCAAGUCAUUCAGCAAAACGCCACAUGUCGCGAUCUCGAUCUGGUGCUCACCAUAAAGUCUUUGCCGCGCUCGCUGCGGGUGCUGACCAUCAGCCAAGCCCGUCAAUUGACCCUGGCCUCCGGUUCGAUUCGACCGCUGCACGGCCUACUCAUUGAGAUCGUGGAUGUGGCACGGGUGGAUCUGGAACACGAGAGCAUUGCCUUGGCCGAGGGCGAUUCCUUGAUCACUUUAAACGUGCGUCAGGGCCAAUGGUUACGGAUUCCGCCCCGUAGCGUGUUGGGACGAGAUGGCAUGUUCCAUCUAGAUCUGGACCAAAUACGAGCUGUGGAUAUUGCCUCCAAGGCCUUUGAUAAGCUGAAUCGGGUGCGGAUUGAGUCGGUGGAGCAGCUGACAUUGGCCGUGUCGGCGUUAAAACCGUCGGAACAGAGUUUCGGCCCGCAGGGCUCUUCUAUGGCCUUAGUGAAAGUGGGCAUGCCGGUGUUGCCGUCGCAUUGCUUUGCUUCCACGGAUUCCAUUGCUAUCCUGGACUCGACCAUCGGCGAGAUUGCAAUGGAUGCCCUGGCCGGCAUUCAAUAUCAGAGUGUGCUUUUCUCGGGCUGUGAGAUCAAUCGGGUGCAAAGUGGUGCUUUUUCCGAACAAACUUUGAUUAGCUCGUUGAAUUUCAAAGACUGUACGAUUACCUCGUUGUCGGAGCGAUCCAUCCUCUCGGCCAUCUCCACGUUUUCGCUCGAGAAUUCGCGAAUCACCUCGUUCGGCGAGUCAGGGCUCUUGAGUCAAGCCGCCAAAGUGAUUCUUCACGGCAACCAUUUCAACACCUUGUCCAAAGGGGCCAUUAGCUUCUCUUCGUGGAGCUCAGUGGCAAUCACUUCGAAUCAAAUCCAGUUCAUGGACAGUGGAGCUUUGUUAGGCCUGUCUUCCGCCAACGAAGACAAGUCGUUCGAGUUCUCCAACAACAGUAUUGCUUACGCCAAUCAGGGCGCCUUGGAGUUGCAGGGCAUUGCUCUGGACAACGACUCCUUCGCCCAUACUCACUUCUUGGUGGAUUGCGAUUGCGAUAUCCACACGUGGUUAGACCUCGUGUGCCGAAACGAGAGUCUGAGUCGGCUCGUGUCCCGGUCCAGUUCUUGCCAAGUGAAGUUGAAUGAGCGAACGUGCUUGAACGUCGAAACCUCGAUCAUUCCCGUCUAUGUCGAUCUAAUGUGUCAGCCCGAGAAGACUUGUAUCUUGCCACAAACCAUCUUCCCUGCCUUGAACGUGUUCGACGUGUACUCGAAUAAAGGCAUUCUUUUGGUGCUACUUUUAUUCGCCCUGUUCGUGUCACUCAUACUUAUUAUUUACACCUUGGGUCGUCGACUAGUGUACUAUUUUCAAGUCCGGCGCUACAAAAGGACAGAACCGGACUGGAACUUCACAAAGAUUGAGCCGCGAGAGCCUCAAGUGCCCAUUCAAUUUAACGACAACUACGAAGAACUGCCCUUGGCCAACGCAGACAGCCCCAUUGAGGAAGGCGAGAAGGAGUCUUUAAUCGAAAAUGCGGCUCAACCGCCCACUGUUGUGACUCCAAUGCCUCAAUUGACAUUUUAUGACGAGGUUAUCGAUCUACUCAAAGACAAGCUUGAUGAUCCCAACAACUAUGCCACUGUUUUGGACUCCAAUGUGCCUGCAAGCAAGUCUCCUGAAAUGACUCUGUAUCAAAACCCAAUGGAAGUGGAACCCCCUUCAAACAACGAAACUGAAAGCACGUAAACUCAUACUAAACAGAAAACUCAAUCGAAUUUUGUAACAUACCUUUUUUUCUAUGAAGAGUUACCAUAUUGUCACAAUAAACUAGUCAUGCAAGAUAAUUCAUUGAAGCGUGGGUGUUGCUUAUUAAGCUUGCCGAUUGUCCUGUCUUUCCAGA